CAUCGACAUAUAUGCUUCUGAAUGACUGACAUCACCAACAAUUAUAUGUCUACUCUCUCCGUCUUCUCCUCUCAUACCUCCUAUUUCUUUUCUCUUUUAAUUUUUUCUUCAGCUGUCGAAAGUAUUGCAGAAAUCGUCUUAAUUUACUCCUCUACGGAUUCCUUUUAUCUCUCCUGAAAUACGAUCAUCGUUUCUUCUCGAUCCUGGUGUUCCCCCAACGUUGUUGACAACACGACAAAAAUUUAUUCAUCCACAGCAACAACAGCCCAAGAAAUUCAGAAAUUAACACAUAAUCAUUAUCCACUGGAGGUAUUAUGCUCUCAAGCGCAGGAAUGGACACAGUAACACGCUAUCGUCGCUCACCUCCUCGACACCGGCAUUCAAAUGGGUCUAUAUUCAAAACUGAAACACUUGCAGAGCAAUACAUGGAACCCGUCAUGACUUGUGAAGCAUU